AUGGUGAGAGCUCCUUGCUGCGCGAAGUUGGGAUUGAAGAAAGGGCCAUGGACGCGUGAAGAAGAUCAGAUACUGGUCUCUCAUAUUCAACAGCACGGCCAUGGCAACUGGCGGGCUCUCCCUAAACAAGCCGGUAAUUAUGUUGCUGAUCUAUCUAUGUAUGUGUGGGUGCGUGGGUGAAUAUAUAGAUCCCACACAAUGGACACAGAUUCGUCAGCUGGUUUGCUUUCAAAAUUUUCCGGGAAAAUAUUAAAUGAAAAGGGGAAGAAAUGCAUCACUAUCAAGGCUACUAAGAUGUGGGAAAAGUUGCAGACUACGGUGGAUGAACUACUUGCGACCUGACAUUAAGAGAGGAAAUUUCAGUCAAGAAGAGGAGGAAACCAUCAUCAAGUUACAUGAAAUGCUUGGGAACAGAUGGUCUGCCAUCGCAGCUCGAUUGCCAGGCCGCACAGACAACGAGAUCAAGAACGUUUGGCACACACACUUGAAGAAGAGGCUCAAGAAUCAUCAUCAGCCAGCUGCCAUAUCUAAAGAAACAGAACAAUUAUCAUCAUCGUCAUCAUCAUCAGUACUCUCAGAACCAAAAUGCGGUUCUAAUAAUGCUUCAAGUGAUUGCUGUAGCGAGCUCUCAUCGGUCACAGACCAAACCGGCUGUUCCGACAACAUGGAUAUUCUCAUGAUCCACGGCAAGGACGAUGAAAAAAUAUUGGAGUCAUCGCAAACGGUUCCUCAGAUCGAUGAGAGUUUCUGGUUGGAUGAAUUAACAGCCGAGAAUUUGAAUUACUCAGAAUCAGAGUUUGCGGGAUGUUUCAAUAGUGAUACAGGAUUUCAAAUUUGGGAAGAUGGCAAUGGGUUGAGGUUUAACAUGGAUGAUGACGUGAAUUUUUGGCACAACCUUCUAGUUGGAGCUGGUGGGUUACCUGAAUUGCCAUAAAUUUAACUGAUAAAUUAGAAGCAAGGAUCAUUUAUUCAUAGGCUGUUUGGCUUACCCUUCUUUUAAGAUAGCUUUUAAGGCUUCUUACUUAAA